CUUCUCUCGAUACUAGGCUCUAUACAAACCGCACCCUUGAUUUAUUAAUGCUCCUCAACAACAACUGUGCUGUUUCGGACAACUCCCAAUUCGCAAGUACCAUGCCAUUGCAUUAAAAAGAAGAAAUCGAUGAGGAGAAGAAGCGCAGAGAGAUGAGGAAGAAGAGCCUGGUGGCUUUGCUGGUUCUCGCCAUUGUCGUUAUUGGGUUCACCAUCUCUCACAAGGAGGAAAUACAAAAGGAAGAUAUCCAUGAAAUCACUCAUAGAGUGUACUUGGAUGUGAAUAUUGAUGGUCAGCAUGCUGGUAGAAUUGUUAUUGGCUUGUAUGGUCAGGUGGUCCCAAAAACUGUUGAAAAUUUCAGAGCUCUAUGUACAGAUGAGAAAGGGAUAGGCAUCAAUGGGAAGAAAUUACACUACAAAGGUACACCCUUUCACCGUAUCAUCCCUGGCUUUAUGAUGCAAGGUGGUGACAUCCUUCAUGGAGAUGGAAGGGGGAGCGAAUCCAUUUAUGGAGGAACUUUUCCUGAUGAAAAUUUCAAGAUUAAACAUUCCAGUGCAGGUAUCGUGUCCAUGGUGAAUAACGGCCCUGAUUCUAAUGGAUCCCAAUUCUUCAUAACCACUGUUAAGACUAGCUGGCUGGAUGGGGAGCAUGUUGCUUUUGGGAAGGUAAUUCAAGGUAUGGACACUGUCUUUGCAAUAGAGGGAGGGGCAGGGACAUAUGAUGGAAAGCCUCGGAAAAAAGUUGAUAUAGCUGAUUCAGGGGAGAUACUGUUAAACAAGUUGGAGGAGGAUUUCAAUUCAUAACCAUAUUCUGCAUCUGGAUUACUGAAUGAUGCAUCAAGGCAGUCCAUCCACUGCUGAUUACUGUAUCUUAUCCACGAGAACUGAAUCAGAAACAUUGAGAGUUCUUCUUAUUAGGGCAUCUAGCCAGUUUGACACUUUUUUCAUUAGGUUAGCUGUGCGGAAGCUUAGCUCUGAUCUUAUCAGGAGCUCUAAUUAGUGAGUUCAUUAUUGUACAUUAAAUCAUUCGUUUGAUGUAACACAGUAACUGUUGUAAAGGAA